AUGGAGGAGAACAACGCAACUACAGGGCAGAAGCGAAGGCGCAGAAAAAACAAACGAGGACGGGAAGCUCAGCGGCCCACUGAUUCAGAUGAACUCCAGCCUCUCGUUUCCUAUGGUUCGUUGGCACAAACUCCCCUCUUAGCGGAAGAGCAGUCAGUGGGAGCAGUGAGCUUGAGCGCGCAGACGGCUGCUGCACCUUCCCCUGUCGUUGUGCCGGAGUUUACGGAAGCCGCUAAGAGUUCACCAAGUAGUGUUCAAUUGCUGGGUGGUAGUACUGUCGCUCUGGUCGAUAAGACGGUGGAAAGCCACUUCAGCCUCCACGGCCUUCCGUGUGCAUCGUGCGCUUCGCAUAUUGAAUCUCACAUCGGUGAAAUGGGUGGUGUGGCGCAAGUUACUGUGAACUUUGCAUCUUCUCAUGCUGUCGUCGUCCACAAUCCUCAUGUGGUGGGGGCAAGUCGCAUCACGGAGGAAAUGGAAGCAAUGGGAUACACCGCUGUACUGAUCUCCGCCCAUUCAGACGAUGCCGAACAGUUAGAUAACUUGGGGGUGAGGGAAUUUGAGCUGCUCAUUGGUGGAAUGACUUGUGGUUCAUGCGUUUCAAGAGUGCAGUCGGCUCUUCUGGAGAUCGAUGUCGUGAAAAGCUGCACGAUUAACUUUUCGACAGGUACCUGUAAAUUAACUAUGACCGGGGGUCGCGACUCUCUGAACUGCGUACAAGAAGAGGUGAAAAAGCUGGGUUACACUGCAACACCUUUGGAGGAGCGAGGGUCGGGAAAUGCAGUGGAUGUUAUGAAAGAAGCUCUUGAGCGAACGAAGGAAAUUCAGGCCCAUAAGCGUGCCUUUGUCUUAUCCGCCGUUUUGGCGACGCCGCUAGCUGUCUUUAUGAUCUUGAUGACUGUCACCAAGUACUUCGAGGACAUUACUACCAUGGUCAUCGUCAACACUAUUCAACUAUACCUCGCAACACCCAUCGUUUUUUACUGUGGUUCUGGUUUCUUUUCUCGCGCGUGGGUUAAUCUGAAACACCGUACGUUUACAAUGGAUACGUUAGUUGCCCUCGGCGCAGGCUGUUCCUAUCUUUAUUCGGUGGCGGGGCUGAUCACAAUGUUUUUAAUGAAGCGGCACGUUACAACAUAUUUUGACACAGCGGGGAUGUUAGUGGCUUUUAUGUUACUCGGCCGCUACCUGGAGGCGUACGCUAAGCGUCAUACUAAUGAUGCUCUCAUUAAGCUCAUGAACCUUGUUCCACCGACGUCACUUGUUGUCACUCCCGCAGGUGAUGUUUCGAUGCCGUCCUCGACUGUAAAAAAGGGAAUGCGAGUUCGCGUGCUCGCCGGUGACCGCGUUCCAGUUGACGGCGUACUUGUGGAAGGAAAUUCCGACGUCGAUGAGCAGAUGGUAACUGGAGAAUCAGUGCCAAAACCUGUAAGUGCUGGCGGGACUGUUGUUGGUGGUACCACGAACCUCACGGCCAUGAUCGUCAUAGAGGCAACAAAGGUUGGUGAGGAGGCCGUGUUGUCCCAAAUCCUUCGCGUAGUUCGGGAGGCCCAGAACAGUAAACCGGCUAUUCAGCGGAUUGCCGACAAGGUUGCAGCCCGAUUUGUUCCCGCUGUUAUUAUCUUUUCCCUGGUUGUCUUAGCGGUUUGGUUACUUCUUGGGGCUUUCAACCUUUACCCGAGUGAGUGGCGUGGAAACAAUGAAUCGACAACGGUCUUUGCGUUUGACUUCUUCAUUGCGACGAUUGUCGCAGCCUGCCCUUGCGCCCUUGGCUUGGCAACGCCUACGGCCAUUAUGGUGGGAACUGGUGUUGGGGCAAAACAUGGAAUACUGGUUAAAUGUGGGAUGACUCUCGAGGCUAUGCGCCGCACUCGCUGCGUUGUGUUUGACAAAACGGGAACCAUUACGAACGGUACCUUGUGCGUUGUAUUCCAAAGGCGCUGGGGUAAUGGCGCCGAUGCAGCAGUUGACGCGGUAGGGGCAGUUGAACAACGGUCGAAUCACCCAAUCUCUCGAGCAAUCGCGGUUUGCGUUGCCUCUGAUCCUAAAAGUCAAGUAGCCGCCUAUGAAGUAGUGACUUCCACGGUACACAGCGGCCUCGGUGUGAAGGCAACGGUACAACGCAAGGACAGCGGUCACCAACUUAACGUUUUCAUUGGUAACAUGGACAUGAUGUUGAGUUCCGGUAUUGAUGUUUCUGGGGAAGUGGCUAAGGUUGUGCGUUGGCAGAUGGGGCUUGGCCGAACAGUCACUCUCGCUGCCGUUGAUGGAAGCGUACGAUUUCUUGCUGCUCUGGCAGAUGAGCCAAAGGCAGAAGCUGCUGGUGUCAUUCGAUUCUUAAAGCGACAAAACAUUCGUGUUUUCAUGGUAACAGGCGACAAUCCCGGCGUCGCAGCGGCUGUAGCGCAAGCAGUGGGGAUUUCUCAGGAGGAUGUCUAUGCAGGUGCCCUUCCUGUCACCAAGGCUGCUGUUGUGAAGGCGUUUCAGGAGGAAUAUCGGGAUGUUGUGUUUGUGGGCGAUGGAAUAAAUGACGGCCCAGCACUGGCGCAAGCGAGUGUGGGUGUUGCCCUUGGUGCGGGUACUGAAAUUGCCAUUGAAGCUGCCGAUGCGGUGCUGGUGCGAAACAGUUUAGUUGACUUGCUAAAUCUUCGAGCACUUUCCAUUACAACAGUGCGCCAUGUUUACGGUAAUUUUAUGUGGGCCUUUGGCUACAACGUGUUGAUCCUCCCACUAGCAAGCGGGAUGUUGUAUCCUUUUCUGCACGUAAGGGUGCCCCCUGUCGUCGCCGGGGUUGCAAUGAUUCUUUCGAGCCUUAGUGUGCUUAUGUCUAGCCUUUCCAUUCGCUGUUUCUCACCUUACAAACGGGAACAGUUCAUUGAUAUCAUUUAG